UGUCUCUUGUCUUUCUCUCUUUCCCUCUGUGUCCUAGCCAGGAGCCGUACCUCUGUUUGCAACUAUUGGAUACCCUUUUGAGGACUUACCGACGAUAUUUUUAUUGAAAACAUUUUGUUGAUACUAAUUCUUCUCCAGGCAACAAAGUUUCCAGCAGUCAGUUGCACUUGUUGGUGCUCUGUGGCUGUCAGGAUGCAGCAGCUGGCAUUGAAGGUCUUCUGCUCCACACUGCUGCUUCUUGCAGUGGUGCCCUCUGUGUACUCGCAGUCAGAUUGUUCUCAAGCCGAGUCAUGUGACCUGUGCGUUGGAGAGUCCAUGCUGAACCUGACAGGCUGUGUCUGGAGGCUUUGUCCAGAUGGUAAUGACACAGGCAUGUGUGUGACUGAUGAGGGCGACUCAGCAGACAACGGCAUGAACUGUAGCUGGACUAGAGUGUCUGAAUUAUAUUUCUCUGCUGCCUCAUUAACUAUUAUCUCUUCUGCAUGUUUUAUUGUAGUUGUGGAGACUGUAGCUGAUGGAGGUAAAGGUGACUCAGGUGACGGAAGCAACACCCCAGAGUUCUCCCAGGCCAGGUUUGACAUGUCCAGUUUCAUUGGAGGCAUCAUACUAGUGCUGUGUGUGCAGGCGGGUGGCCUCAUUGCUAUGCGCUUCCUCAAAACCAAAGAGCAGAGCAGCUAUGACCCCAUAGAGCAGCCACAGUGAAGACAAGAUGUGUGAAGGACAAACAGAUGAGGGUGGAGGACAGCAGAGCAAUGACUCAUCGAUUUGUGACGACAAGAGAUUUUUUUUUUUUUUUUUCUGAGCCCUUGUCAUUUUUGGUUUGGUCCCCAUGUGUACCCCUGGGGGUUGGGUGUGUUUAUAAGAGGACAUUUUUCUCAUAAUACUGCAUUGUGUAACGAGUGUAUGUGCAUGUGUUCACUGUGUUUGUAUAGUAUUUAUAUUUCAGACAUUUUGCCUGUUGGUAAUCUGACAAAUAAGGAACAAAAAGCCUCAGAUGUUCUCAGCACCUUUAGCGAUUUAUCUUUGGUAUCAAACCCACCAUAAAUUUUUACAAGUACUUAAAUAACAUGCAAUUAGCUGUAUCAAUGUUUCAACUGUGUAAAUAGUACAGUGCAACUGUGGGAAAGGAUGAUAUAAUGCCAUGUAGACAGUAGGUCAGACAAGGCCGUAACAGGCAUUUUAAAGUUUUUUUCAAGAACACUAAAAUAGACCAAAAUGAGGCCCUAGACAUCAACUUUGUAAGAUUUUUUUUUCAUCUAAGAAUACUUUUGUGUUUCAUGUGAAGUUGAGUUACUUUCUAGUGUUUUAUUGAGACC